UUACACCCGGACAAUAACUGAGAAGGGAAACUGAUCACCAUGAAAUUCGCAGUAGCAAUUUUGGGCCUGGCCCUGUGUGGUUUGGCAUCAGCUCAGUUCCAGAAUGGACGCAUCUUAGAACCACCAGUACCUGCACUCUGCGCCCAAAGGACGAUACACGAACGUAGCCCAGACGGCAAAGGAUACUUCUUCUCAUGGCGUGACCCACAAUUGGCUGGUGUUGAAGAAGAUUGGUUGGGCGUCCGCAACUUCUGCCGCCAACGUUGCAUGGACAGUGUCAGUUUGGAAACCAGUGCCGAAAAUGAAUGGAUCAAGCAAAGAAUUGUCAAUGGAAAUGUGAAAUACAUCUGGACCAGCGGUCGUCUAUGUGACUUCAAGGGCUGUGACAGACCAGAUUUACAACCUGUUUCCGUAAAUGGAUGGUUCUGGACCGCCGAAUUGCAGAAACUUGCCCCAACCACAGACAGACAACAAAACGACUGGUCUGAAGGAGGUGGUAUUGGUCUUCCCCAACCAGACAACAGAGAAUUGAAACAAGGUGGAGCAACCGAAAAUUGUUUGGCCGUUCUGAACAACUUUUACAACGAUGGUGUCCAUUGGCACGAUGUCGCCUGCCACCACCGCAAGCCCUUCGUCUGCGAAGAAAACGAUGCCCUCCUGAAAUACGUCCGUUACACCAACCCCAAUCUGAGGGUCUAACCAAGGCAAAUUGGUCGCC